AUGCAAACAUUCACCUCAAACGUAGAUUCACCAUCGGUCUCAGCUACCACUGGUAGGCCACGGGAACCCUCGGAUGCGAUUAUAGGCGCGGACUUGGGUCUUGAAAUCGUCAGGAACAAUCACGCUAGCUAUCGUCAGCGGUACCUCGUCGAAGAGAAGGCCGAUAUCAUUCAGAACAUUUCUCGCAGAAGCUUUUCAUCACCUAUUUCCCGCUUGCCGACCGAAAUUCUUUCGGAAAUCUUCCUUUACUGUCUGCCCGAAGAUGAGCAUUUGGUGCAUGAAUCAAAGCAGGCUCCUGUGCUGUUGACCAAAAUAUGUCGCCGAUGGAGGGAGGUUGCGGUGGGCUUGCCCAGAUUAUGGUGCAGGCUGCAGUUGGAAGUCGGGUACGAUGACUGGCAGCAGAGAGCUUUCUGCUAUGACUUCUGGCUCAAGCGAUCAGGAAGAUGUCCGCUCUCAUUGAAGCUCAAGAGUAGCACUGACUGGGGCGAGCUACGAAGCCUGCUCCAGCCACACGUUCAGCAAAUCUCGACUCUCUCGCUCGACUUUCAAUCCUGCGAUGGCCCCUUUAUGAUGGAAGACUUCCACGCACUCCAGGAGCUUACGAUACGCCAAGACGUUCUUUAUGAUCUUGCGCGAGGUACUAGCCACACACUCUCGAAACUGCCGGUUAAUCUGCGUAGGAUUAACAUGUUGGAUCUAUGCUUCAACCUGAAGAAAUUAGAUUUCUUCACUGAUUCCGCAUGGGCCCAUCUCACACAUAUCGAGAUCAGCAUAGAUGGACUGGAUGCAUUCACCCGCAUACUCCGUCUAUGUCCCAAUCUCUGUUCCCUGAAGAUGUUUGGAGUAUUCUACUCCAUCCAGACUCCAGAACCAAUCACGCACACCAACCUUCAAUCUUUACGCAUGUCUUGGAGUGUACUUUGGAGCACAGACGAGCAGGACAUUGGCCUAUUCAACGUCAUCACGCUCCCGAACCUUCACGUACUUGAAGUCAGCAAUGCGGGGUGGUGGCCACAUGGAUCGUUUGCGAAAUUUUUGACGCGGUCGAAAUGUCCCCUGGAGAGGCUAAUUUUCGGCAGCGGAGUGUGGACGACAGAACGGCAACGAGCAGAAUAUGCUACCCUUGUUCCUUCGUUCGAAUUCAUUGCAGAUCCUGAAAUCGACUUUGAUGUAGAUGAAGAAUAG